AUGUCUCUGAAUUCAGUCACCACGCCAGCGCGUGGAGAUCCAUUGCGCGAAGACAUUUUGAUCCCUUCGGAAGGUGGAGAAUGUCACGCUUGGUGGUAUCCGCCCAAAUCUGGCAAGAGGGGUCCAACGAUUGUCAUUGGUCACGGACUGGGCGGGAUCAAGGAGAUGGGGUUGAACAGGUAUGCUGAGCUGUUUCAGCGAGCUGGGUAUGGCGCCUUGGCUUUCGAUUAUGUCGGGUUCGGUCAGUCGACGGGAAAGUGAGUUAGUUCAUCAAGGUGCCUCACAGAACUGCCCAAUCCUAGGAGCCACAUCAUAUUCCCAAUGGGCUGACCCGUUCGAUCAUUUCAGACCCCGUCAAAUUUUGGACUACUGGAAGCAGCAAGGGGACUGGGAUCACGUGCUUGCAUACGCAAAGACGAUGCCUCUGAUCGAUGCGUACAAGAUUGGCAUCUUUGGCACCUCUUUCGGCGGAGCUCACGUUAUAGACGUGGCGGCACGCGAUCCAGACGUCGUCGUCGCAAUCUCGCAAUGCCCCUUUACCAGCGGAUUCGCUUCCACUCUGACCACUGGUUUCGCUGUGCCUUUCUUGGGCGUGCUGGGUAUUGCCGACACGCUAUUUGGCUGGUACAGGCGAGUCAAUGUCACUGUGGCUGGCAAGCCGGGCCAAGGUGAGCAGUGCAGUGCAGCUAAAGAAAGAGUCUGCAUACAUGCGCCGCGACCAUAGUUGGCAACCUGAAUGCUGACCCUCGAACAUUCCCGCACCAACACCUCCUCCCUCAUCUUUCGCGGCCACCUGCAGUUGCGCUGAUGAACAGUCACGACGCUUACUCUGGUUACCGAAGCCUCUUGCCCGCAGGAGUGGAGGGCGAGAAUUCAGUGGCAGCAAGCAUUGCUCUUCAGAUCCCACUGCUCUUCCCAGGCGCGAGUGCCAAAAAGGUCAAAAUUCCCAUCCACUUUUCAAUCUGCGGAAAGGACUCGGUCGCUCCUGCCGCUCCAACGCUCAAGUACGCCAAGCAAGCUGCAAAGGGAGAGAUCGAGUAUUACGAGGAUUUUGGUCAUUUCAGCAUCUAUCAAGGAGAACAGUUCGACGUCGUCACUGCCAAGCAGCUGGACUUUCUGAGCCGAAAUUUGCCACUGGAGGCAUAA